AUGGCCAAAGAUUCGGACACCAUGUCAGGGUCCAUCACAGCCGCUGAGCUGGCCACGCCACUCGCCCAGGGCUGUGGGAACCAGGUGCGUGGACAGAAGCCAGCUCGCCCGGCACAGGUGCGUUCGCCAGAAACCGCCAAGCUGUCUCGCACAGUGGCUGUUGCAUUUUGCGUUCCCUCCAGCAGUGAGGAGAGCUCCUGUUACUCCACAUCCUCGCCAGCAUUUGGUGUUGGCGGUGUUCUGGAUCUUCGCCAUUCCAACAGCGUGGAGCCCCGCGCUGCCGCCGCCCGGGAGCUGCUCCUGGCUGCGCUCGAAGACCUAAGCCAGGAGCGGUGGAAGCGCUUCCGCCACAAGCUGCGGGACGCCGCCGGACCGUGGGGGCGGCUGGAGGGCGCGGGCGCCGUGGACCUCGCGGAGCACCUGAUCCAUUUCCACGGGCCGGAGCGCGCGCUGGACGCGGCGCGAAAGACCCUGGAGAGGGGGCGCGCUGCGGCGGCGCGGCCCCAGGAGCAGCGGCAGCGGAGGCUCGGCCCCAGCUCCUCGGCGCUGCUCUCCGUGUCCGAGCACAAGCAGAAAUAGCGAGAGCACGUGCUGCGGCAGCACGCCAGGGUGAGGGAGAGGGACGCCCGCUCCGCGAAGGUCAGCGAGCGCUUCACCAAACUGCUCCUCGCGCCCGAAAGCGCUGCCCCGGAGCACGAGGCCCUGGGGCCCGCGGAGGAGCCGGAGGGACGCGCUCGGCGCUCCGACACCCGCACCUGCAACCGCCUGCUCGGCCGCGACGGGGAGGGCCAGAGACCGCCGACCGCGGUGCUGCAGGGCCCGGCGGGCGUCGGCAAGACCACGGCGGCCAGGAAAAUCCUGUACGACUGGGCGGCGGGCAAGCUGUGCCACGGCCAGGUGGACUUCGCCUUCUUCGUGUGUUGCCGCGAGGUGCUGGAGCGACCGGGCACGUGCAGCCCGGCCGACCUGAUCCUAGACCAGUACCCCGACCGCAACGCGCCGGGGCGGCAGAUGCUAGCGCAGUCCGAGCGGCCGCUGUUCAUUCUGGACGGCGUGGACGAACUGCCGGCGCCAGGGCCCGCCGAGGCCGCGAGCGGCGCGCGGGUGCUGGGCGGCCUGCUGAGCAAGGCGCUGCUGCCCUCGGCCCGCGUGCUGGUGGCCGCGCGCGCCGCCGCCCCCGGGAGGCUGCAGAGCCGCCUGUGCUCCCCGCAGCGCGCCGAGGUGCGCGGCCCCUCCGACAAGGACGAGAAGUACUUCUACAAGUCCUUCCAGGACGAGUGGAGGGCGGAGCGUGCCUACCGCUUCGCGAAGGAGAAUGAGACGCUGUUCUCGCUGUGCUCCGCUGUGUGCUGGGUCGUGUGCCGUUCUGCGCUAGCUGCUCCAGGUCCUGACCUGUCGCGCACCUCCAAGACCACCACGUCCGUGUACCUGCUUUUCAUCGGCAGCGUCCUGAGCUCGGCGCCCGCGGCCGACCCACCCCGCCUGCAGGAAGAGCUGCGCAAGCUGUGCCGCCUGGCCUGCGAAGGCGUCCUCGGGGGCGGGGGCAGGGCGCAGUUCUCUGAGAAGGACCUGGAACGACUGGAGCUUUGCGGCUCCAGAGUCCAGACGCAGUUUCUCCGCAAGAAGGAGAUGCCCGUGCUGGAAACCGAGGUCACCCACCGGUUCAUCGACCAGACCUUCCAGGAAUUCUUAGCCGCGCUGUCCUACCUGCUGGAGGACGAAGGGGCUCCCCAGACACCUGCUCGCGGCGCGGGGGCACUUCUGCGGGGGGCCCCGGAGCUGCGUGGCCGCCUCGCGCUCACUACGCGCUUCCUUUUCGGGCCACUGAACGCAGAGAGGAUGCGCGACAUGGAGCACCACUUCGGCUGCGCGGUUUCAGAGCGCGGGAAGCAGGAUGUCCCGAGGUGGGUGCAGGAUCCGGGCCAGGGCUGCCCUAGGGCGGCGCCAGAGGGGACGGAGGGGACCCAAGCGCUCCGGGGCGCUGGGGAGUCAGAGGAGGAGGAGGGCGAGGAGCUGAAAGACCUGCUGGAGCUGCUGCACUGCCUGUACGAGACGCAGGAGGACGCCCUUGUGCACCAGGCCCUGCGCGGCCUCCCCGAGCUGGCCCUGGAGUGAGUGCACUUCAGCAGAACGGACCUGGCCGUCCUGAGCUACUGCGCGCGGUGCUGCCCGGCGGGGCAGGCGUUGCAGCUGGUUAGCUGCAGACUGGCCACCGCACAGGAGAAGACGAAGCAGAGCCUGAUGAAGCGGCUGCAGGGCCGCCUGGGAGGCAGCUCCUCUCGAACCACCAUGAGAAAACCGGACUCCCCACUGCAUCCACUCUGCAAGUGGACCGACAGACAGUGUGGUCUGAACACCCUGACGCUGUCCCGCUGCAAACUGCCCGACUUGGUCUGCGGAGACCUCUCUGAGGCCCUGACGGAGCUGGGCCUCUUCCACAGCUGGCUCAGCGAGGCUGGCCUGCAUGCGGUGAGUGAGGGCCUGGCCUGGCCCCAGGGUGCUGCAGACACUCAGGUGGUGCAGCAGCUGGGCCUCCAGGAGGCUCCCAGUACGUGUUUGCCAACGCUGACUACCCUGGACCUCAGUGGCUGCCAGCUGUCGGGGCCUAUGGCGACCUACUUGUGUGCCGUCCUGCAGCUCCCAGGGUGCCGCCUGCAAAGCCUCAGUCUAACCUCCGUGGAGCUGAGCAAGCAGUCGCUGCAGGAGCUGCGGGCCGUGGGGACAGCAAAGGCGGGACUGGCCACCACCCACCCAGCGUUGGACAGUGACCCGCAGCCUCACAAAGGGCUCGGCAGUGCCCCCGAGGCCCUGGGGGAGGGCUCCAGUCAGCCCUGCGGAGUAGCCCUCCCCACUCCGAGGGCGAGAGGGUGGCGCUCUCUGCUGUGGGCAACUCUUUUGAGCCUAAGGGGCCCUGGACAGGCAGGUGGGAGACCCAGACAGACACGGCCCCUUGCCUGCUCCUGGACAGCCCCCGAGACCUCCCCACACCCUGGGGACAGGUAUGUCUCCGUCCUCCCCACCAGGAGGAGGGGCUCCCCUCCCCUAACCCCACUGCUGCCCCACCCACGUUCCUCUCCUGGGAGCCUCCAGCCCCCCCGCUGCAGGCACCCCUCAGCAGCAAGGGUGAUGAUGGGCGCCCCCAGGAAUUGAGGGCCUUCACCUGGUGCAGGAUGACGCAUUUGCUGAUCCUGAGGACCUACAGUGUGCUGGCCUUCACCUGGUGCAGGGUGACCCAUCUGCUGAUCCUGAGGACCUACAGUGUGCUGGCCUUCGCCUGGUGCAGGAUGACCCAUCUGCUGAUCCUGUGCCCACGCACAGUAUGGGCACCCAUAGCCCACUACUCGGCUCCAGCCGUAGGGGAUCAAGCAGGGGCUGC